AUGAAAGAGGAUUUUACUUCUUUGGAAACACUGAAGAGAGAUAUAAAAUAAGAAGACAUUAGUAAUAUAGACAGAGAGGCUUAUAGCUCCAUUGAAAUAAUUCAGUCCAUGCUUAAUUUAGACAAGAUUGAAGUUACUGACUCUACACUUUAAUAGAGAAAUGAAAGACUUAAUGGCUAUAAUAUAUCCUUUUAGGAUUCUGCCACAUUCAUAGACUAAAACGAAUAAGUUAACUUUGAAUUUAAAAGAUAAGUAGAGCCAGUGAUGAUCAAUCAAGAAGAAAAAUUGUAAGAAGAGUGCUCGAAGUAUUAAGAGUAUAACAAAAGCCAUAAUGAAGAAGAGGAAAAAUAAAAGGACAAAGCAACAUCAAGGAGAAGUCUUCGCGACUCUGUCAUGAAGCAGUAGAUGAUGGGCAGCUUGAAAAGCUCUGUUUGUAAGAAUAAUUCUAUGCUAUAGGAAUUAAAAAAUAUUUAGCUAGAGAAAAAAUCAAAUAAGGUUACUGAGAGAGAGAUUCCAUAAAAUUUGACUUCACUAGACAAUUAAGCAGAGUAAAAUUAAUCAAACUCCAAUAUUUAGUUAUCUCCUUCAUAAUCCGAAACUUCUUUGUAUCUAAAUAAAUAUUACGUUCAAGGUAAUCUCUAUUCAUCUACUUAGCAUUAAAAUGAAUAUAGUCAUUUAACUCAAGUUACCAACCCUGACUUGACAAGUUAAAAUAAAUCAGAUAUAAGCAAAUCGAUCAGCACUUAAAACUUAAAUAAUGAAGUCGAAAAUGAUAAUAAUUUUGUUCCUAAUUUGAAUUUAAAUGUCUUCAGUGAAGCGAAUUAGACCUUAUAAGAUAUUAGUAAUAACAAUAAUGAUGUUAAUUAAAAUAAUGCUAAUUUAGACACAAAAAAUAGUGAGAAUGCAACUUCUCCCCUAAGCAAUAGCUCUCUCACUUAGAAUAGAUUAAAGGAUUUAAUUUAAUAGAAUAAAAAGAGGAGUUUCAUUCAUAAGUAAAUUUUGGGUGUAUUAGAAUAGGAGGGUUACUUUGUAGAGGUUGAUAAUUAGACAAAACUAGAGGAGCAAUUAGAAAUUUUACAAGCCUAAAGAGAACUUGUUAGACAAGCAUCUAUUGAUUUCGAAACAAGCAGAGAUAGCAGUCCUCAAGAUGUAAAUGACUUAUCUCUUGAGAAGCAAGGGAGUAGCAGCAGUAAAAACAAACAUAGAAAAAGACAUAAUAAUUAAUCGUCUCCAAAUGCUCACACACCAGAAAACUUUUCUCCUUACAAAACAAAUAGUGGUAAGCAAAAUAAAAAUAUAUUUAAAAAUAUCUGCGAUAAUGAAUAACAACUUAGUGGCAAUAAAUAAAUCUUACAAACAAAAUCAGAGCGAUUUAUUCCUUCUCCUGUUUUGAUGAAAGACAUAAUAUUGGAUGAUUAUCAAGUUGAUACUGAAAGAAGGUUUAGCUGUAAUGCAGAUUCUAAAUCUGCUAAGCGCAAUCUAUUGAGAUAGAAUGUUUUUCAUACUAAUGUAAUAAGCAAAACUCCUAAUAGUUCUACUUCAAAUGGAGGGACCACAAGCUGGAAUAAUGUGAUUGUCACAUAAUAAUAAUAAGAAAUAUAAAACGAUAAAAUCAACUAAAAUUAAAAUUAUAAUUCUGAAGAUCAUCCACAAAAUCAUUUUGCUUUGGACAAUUUCUUGAAAUAAUAAAAAGGAUCACAACAAACAAAAGAGAAAUCUCCUUCUUCUUCAUCAUCAUCGCCAUCUCUUUCUGACCAAGAAGAUGAAAGAAGAAUUUCUUAGAAAUCAACAGAAACUAUCAAAGCUAGUUGCGGAGGAGAAAGCACUAGAAAUAGAUCUAUGAGAAUGAAUAUAGGUUGGAAUGCAGUUAAUACUGCGAGUAAUAAAAGCUAAAACAGUAGCGAAGGAGAUGACGAAGAUGAUAAUAAAAGUGGAAACAACACAAACAAAAAUAGCUAAAUGAAAUUAGCAAAUUAAUUCAAAUAGUUGACAAAAUACGGAACUAUGGAGUUAGACCAAGACUCAGAUUCAGGGAGAAAAAAGGCUGAUAAUAAACUCAACAUCAAUCUUAAUGAAAAAUAAGAAAGCAAUGGUGAUGAUGAAUAUGAAGACAGACUUUACUCAUAAAGUGUUGGAUAAAAUUCUGGCUAUAAUUCAGAUGAAGCUGACAAUAGUGGUAAUGGUUCAAUGACUUCUAAGAGUGGAUAAUACAUUAGCAAAUUUUAAAAAUAUUAUUGCAAUCUGAAUAACAAUUUUUAAUUUGACUCCAUUGAAGAAAUGGAAUCUUCCUAAGAGAGUAUAUAAAAAAGCUCAACUAAAAACUCUCAAAGAAUGAAAUACCCUGGAACUACAAGAGCUAUGCCUAAAUUAGAUAAUCCUUCUAAUUUUCUUCAAUAUAUUAAUAUGAGAAAAUCUAAAAGAUAAGGAAGCAAAAUAGAUUAGUAAAAUAAUAGCGAAAAUUUGUAAAGUAACAUGAGCAGUUCACAAAACUAAAGUCCAGAAAUUCAUUUCUCAGGAGUAUUUAAAUAUAAUGAUGCCAUGAGUGAUUUAAAUAUAGAUUACACCUAGAGUGUUAAGACAAGCUUAUGUAAGAGUCCUGUUUCUCCAUCUAAAUAGCUUUCUUUGUCUCAAUCAAAUUUCCAUUUCAGUUUAAACCAAGUCAAAUAUGAUGAAAUUAAUACAAAUAUGAGUUAACAAAUCAAAAGAGUAGAAUCUGAAAAUGACUCUCCUUAUAGCAGUGAAUAGCAAACUCCUCAUUCUAAUAAAAACAAUAAAUUAGAUACGUUUAGCAGUGAGGUACCUUCAAUGUUAAAACUACCAAAUAGUUAAUCUUUGAUAAGCAAUUAUCUAGCAAGUAUUAAUAAAGAUUUUAAUAAUUCUAAUAGUAUCAAUAAUAAUCCUGCAAUAAACACUUCAUAAGAUUUAAAAUCUAAGGUAUUAAGUGAAGAUAACCAAAAUAGAGUCAUAGAACCAAUAAAUAGCAAUUAAACGAAACAAUAGAGUGAAAACAUUCAAGCUAAUUUAUUUCAAUAAAUAUAACUCUAAUAAAUCCCAGAUUUAAAUUUAUUAGUCCAUGAACAAAAAGACUAACUUAAAAAUUCAGAUAAUUCUAAUUAUAUAAAAGAUUAUUUAAGCAGUGUCUCUCCUAAAAUAAAAAUGGAUGCCUCUAUUUCUCCUAAAAUAAGCCCCUCUCAAUUAGGAUAAAACACAAAUAUUUAAAAUACUGAAAUAUAAGAAAUUGUAUAUACCCCACAGAAUGAUAUAAAAAGUGAAGACAAAGCUCACCUCUCAUCUUCAACUUAAUUUAUAAAUGAAUAUAUUAAAAAUUUAAAUUCAAAAAGCCAACAUUAAAUGAAGGAUUAGCUCCCUCAAAAUGAAGAAUCACAUUAAAAAAUAGUUUUUCCUUUAAGAUAUGAUAUUUUAAACAAUAAUUAGCAAAAAGAAUAAUACUCUAAUAUUACUGAGCAUUUGACAGGCUUGCUUUAACCAUCCUUUUUGUCAUCAAAAGAUAUUUAGAUAAGCCAAACUCCUAGAGAGAAAUCAAAAACCACAAACUAUCUAGAAUUACAAAACUUCUAAAACUAUAGCAAAAGUUUCGUUAACUCUACUUCUCCUAUAAAUAGUUUAAGCAGUCAAUAAGUAAGCUUCAACACCUUUAGUCAGGCAAAUUCAAUGCAAUUAAACUAAAAUUGUAGUCCUUCCGAAAAUUCAUAUUAAAACUAUCUACCAAGCUCUAAAUAUGGAGAAAAGCCUUUUUCUACAUUAAAUACAUUAAAUCAAUAAAGCGCUAGUAACAGCAAUUCAACUAAUGAUAGAAAUUUAUUUAGCUAAUAUUUUACAGAUAAAGAUAGCUAAUCAAAAUAACUAUAAAGCAGUAGUUCAUAGUCAAUCUUAUCAAUCUAAAAUUAAUAUCAGACAAAAAAUCAAUUUACUCCAUUAAAAACAGAUUUCCCUUAAAACAAAUAUGCGAACACAGUUACAUCACCUUUAUAGAACAACCAAAAUAGCAUGUAACUAAAUACAAACCAAGCAUUUGGAUCAUCUCUACUUAAUAAUUCAUCUAAUCCUCAACUUUUAAAUUAUUCAAAUCCUGAUCUUCUAACUACUUAGAAUGUUAGUACACAAAAUCAACAUCAUUUAAAUACAUCAAACCCACAUGUUUUAAAUGCUUCAUACCCCUACUCUGUAAACUCAUUAAAUCCUUCUUCUUUAAAUAUAUCUCCUACUCAUCUUACAAAUUCUAAUAUUUAGAGUGCAUCUAUAACUCCUCUUUUGAAAAUAAAUGAACCCUUAGUAAAUGUGUCUACAGCACCUUUAUUAAUUUCACCAAAUUCCUAAAAUAGCAUAUAGCAUCUAAGUGACUAGCAUAAUUCAUAGCUUGGAACAUACAGUAAUACUCACUAUUUCAUUUCAUCAAAAACAGAACUGCAUUCUCCUUUAAGUACUUCAAAUAUAUCUAAAUAAGGAAAUCUCAAGAAUUAAUCAUCUAAGAAUUUAGAUGAUCUUUAUUAACAUCUUGAUUUAGUGAAGGAAGACUCUAUAUCAUACCAUCCUAUGGUAAAUAGUGUUCUAAUUACAAAUAAAAACCAAUCAAGUAGUACCCAAAUAAACUCUAAUACAUUAUCUAAAUCAGCAUCUAACAUUUAUUAAAAUGUUUAAAAUACAAACGAAAAUCAAUUUAAUUUAUCGUAAUUAGCAAUAAGUAACUAGGAAAAUAAUAACUAAAAUUAAAAUUCAUAAACGAAUGUACAAAAUGUUUCUACUAAUUUUGCAAAUAAUUUUACAAACUAAAAUGUUCACAAUUAUUUUGAUUCUAAAUAUCUGUAAAACUUAUCAGAAAAUACUCCUAUGUCAUCUUCUUAAAACAACUAUUAUUUAAAUUUAUAGAAUUAAACAUCACUAAAUCAAAACGUGUCACCUUCUAACUCCUUAAAAAAUAACUAAGACAAUCUUUCUUAAAAUUUUUUUUCAAACAAAUAAAUAUAAGGCCAGAUCAAAUCAUACACUAGCAUUUAAAAUAAUCAUAACUUUUAAAAUAGUGACAAUAGCUAUAGUAACAGCUAUUUUAUGAAUAGUGAAGAUACUUUAAAUAAAAAUAAUUCCACAGCUAAUAAUUAAAUCUCUUAAUCUGCUUAAACUAAUAAAAUUGACACAAACUAUUAAAAUUAAUACUUAGGUACUAGUAUUACAACUUAAAUUUCGCACACGACUAGCCCAUAUACAACAAUAAAAAUACAAACAAAGAUAGAAACCUCAAUAUAAAACUACAAUGAAAAAUAACCAAUUAAUAGUAAUAGUAUUAAUAAUUAAAGCAUAGUUGACUAGAUAAUGUAGGAAUAUCGCUCUAAAAUUUAGAAUUAACAAAGUUAAUAAACUGAAGCUAAAUCUCUAAAUAAUUUACCUCAUGAAAAGGAAGAAGAUUAUUCUCCGAACUAAGACCAUCAACGAAAUCUAACAUACUCAAUCCCUACAGCUAAUAUAUAUGAUUUCUAAAAAAACUCUGUCUAAGAUUAAAAUAAUUUCUCAUUAAAUGAUAAAAAUUUUUUCUAUAUAAAUUCUAAAGAUAACAACAUUAGUAAUAAUUCUCACAUAAAUUCAUCACUUGACUCAGUAAAUAAAAUAUAUUCUGCCCUGCCAUCUUAAAGCGAUUUUACCCAUUUGGAAAAUCCUAGUAAUGAAAAUUCAAACAACAACUAUUAACAAAAUUUAUCAAGCAUUAAUUAAAAAUAUAAUUUAUAAUAGUGA